ACGACAUGGCUUUAUUUUUAACGCGAUGACCUCAUCAUCUGACGGCAGCUCCUUCUUCUGCUGCUCCAACUUCGCCGCUUCUACUUUCUCUUCUUCUACUUUCAAAUCUCCCGUCUCACAACUGUUCGACAACAACAACAACAACACACCCAGCAACAACAACCGUCUGGAGUCGAGUUACCGUGCUUCCUGUAGUGGACGAUGAAGCUGCAGGAGCUCCUCUUCUUCACAGCGCUGUGAAUGAGACCCAAAGGACUCAACUGCUAACCGUCUCACAGAGAUCAUCUGGUUCCUGGAUCUCAGAGCAGAGAGAGACCUCUCCCCCAUCAGGAUGACCUCACCCAACAACAUGCUGCUCUUCAUCCUCUGAAGGGGGGGGAGGGGGGUGAUGUCGGGGCUCGGGGGGGUCAUCGGGGCCGAGGGUCUGGUGGCGCUGCUGGAGGGGGGCGGGCAGCUGGUGCUGAUUGACAGCCGGCCCUUUGUGGACUUUAACUCCGCCCACAUCCUGGAGGCCGUCAAUGUGAACUGUUCGAAGCUGAUGAAGAGGAGGCUGCAGCAGGACAAGGUGACCAUCAGAGAGCUGCUGCUGCACAGCUCCAACCAGCAGUUGGACCUACAGGGCGAUGUGGAGGUGGUGGUUUACGAUCAGAGUUCUUCAGACCCGUCCUCUCUCAGCGCUGAGUCCUUCCUCAACGUCCUGCUGAUCAAACUGAGGAGCAGCUUCACCUCCGUACACCUGCUGUCAGGAGGGUUCUCCGGUUUCUCCUCUGUCUUCCCUGCUCUGUGUGAAGGGUUCUCCUCCCUGGUUCCCUCCUGCAUAUCUCAGCCCUGUUUACCUGUGUCCAACACCGGGCCCACUCGCAUCCUGCCUCACCUUUACCUGGGCUGCCAGAGGGACGUGCUCAACAAGGACCUGAUGCAGCAGAUCGACAUCGUGUACGUCCUGAACGCCAGCAACUCGUGUCCCAAACCCGACUUCAUCCCAGAGUCUCACUUCCUGCGAGUUCCCGUCAACGACUCGUUCGGCGAGAAGAUCCUGCCGUGGCUCGACCGCUCGCUCGACUUCAUCGAGAAGGCUAAGGCCUGUAACUCCCGGGUCCUGGUCCACUGUCUGGCGGGGAUCUCUCGCUCGGCCACCAUCGCCAUCGCCUACAUCAUGAAGAGGAUGGACCUGUCUCUGGACGAGGCCUACAGGUUUGUGAAGGAGAAGCGUCCGACCAUCUCUCCCAACUUUAACUUCCUGGGUCAGCUGCUGGACUUUGAGCGGAGGAUAAAGAGUCCAGAGGUGCGGUCCGGAGGGGGGAGGGAGGAAGUGCAGGAGACGGCCCCCCCCCCCCUCACCCUCCCAUGCAUUCUGGCCCCCCCGCCCGAGGAGCGUCUGCAGGCACUGCAGCUCAGCGACCCCCCCGAGGACAGCGCCCGCAUGAAGCGCUCCUUCUCAUUGGACAUCAAAGCCUACGGAGAGCAGGGGGGAGGAGUCACUGCCCCUCCUCUCCUGCAGGAGGGGGCUGUGAAGCCCUGUCAGUUCUCCCCGGGAGAGGUGUCGGAGCAGAGUCCGGAUAAAGAGGAGUUGUCCAGCAGACCCCCCAACACAGAGGGGAGCAGCUUCCUGUUGAAGGGCUGGCACUCAGACCUCCUGCUGGGUCCUGUCUCCUCUCCCUGGUUCCUCUCCUCGUCCUCCUCCCUGGGGGGCCUCACGGUGCAGGGGGGCCUCACAGUGCAGCGGCGGCGCAGUAGGACGGGGGACGGCGGGGGGGCCUCACGGCGGAGCUGGCAUGAGGAGAGCAGCUUUGAGAAGCAGCUGAAGAGACGGAGCUGUCACAUGGAGCUUGGGGGGGGCAGAGGGGAGGGCCGGGGGGAGGAGGCGGGGGGAAGAGGAGGAAGAGGAGGAGGCUUUUCCGGCAGCAUGGAGGUCAUACAGGUCUCCUGAGAGACAUCGGGGGGUCAAACAGGUCUCCUGAGGAGGGACCCUUUAUAUCAGGAGGGACUCAGACCCAGAUCAGGAGGAGCAGGAACUGUUGAAGGACAGUCAGACGUCCUGCAGAGCAGCAACACACACCGGACACCUCACCUCCUUAUGGAGGAAGAGGAAGAGGAGGAGGUGCUCUCAUUAAAAACAUGAUUUCUAAAAUCAUCUUUUAGCAAAAAAACGUCACAAAUAAAUGAAUCAGUUCCUGAUAAAUAUGAUGUUUUUGUUAUUUUUAAUAAAGAUAUAGAUUUUCUAAAUCGUUGUUUUUGCAGAAACAAAACGUUGUAUUGAUUUAAACAUAUUGAUAUUUAUUUCCACUAAAAACUACAAAUGUAAAAGAUAUCCUGUUUGAUAAAAACCUGAUUUGAAGACUCAACACAAUGUUGUAAUUCAAACUAAAUUAGUCUUUGAGUCAAAUGUGAAAGUGUUUAGUCUCCAAAGCGCCCGGUGUGUGUCGCUGUAGAAACUGACGUUUCCCCGGACUUUCUGAAUGUCUUUGAAUGCCUCGAGGUCUUUGAACGCCUCGCGGUGUUUGUGCAGCAGAAGAUUUGUUCUCAUUUUAUUUUUCAGAUUUUUAUUUCUGGACUCACUUUGUGUCUCUUGUGUCUUUGCAGAGGAGGAUCUGAGACUCUUUGAAUCCUCUCACAGAUCAUCUUGCACUAAAGCAGAAUGGAUUUGAUGAUUAAAAAAUAUACAAACGGAACAGAUCCUAAUUCUGAGUUGGUUUUUAAAUAUUAAAGAGUCCCUAUUCUU